ACACCUUAACCAUUAAUAGAUCACACACUGAAUUAAAAAAAAAAAAGAGAUGAGUUCUUCUUCUUCUUCCUCCUCCUCCAUAUGUGGAACCCUAAUAACUUUGGGAUGCCUUCUCCUUCAUGGAAGCUUUUCCAAUGCCCAAUUGUCCCCAUCUUUCUAUGACCAAACUUGUCCGAAUGUCUCAAGUAUCGUUCGGAACACCAUCGUUGAAGAAUUGAGAUCCGACCCCCGAAUCGCUGCCAGCAUUCUCCGCCUCCAUUUUCACGAUUGUUUCGUUCGUGGUUGCGAUGCAUCGAUCUUGUUGGAUAGUACGUCGUCAUUCCAAACGGAGAAAGAGGCUGCUCCUAACAACAAUUCAGCUCGAGGGUUCAAUGUCAUCAACCGGAUGAAGGCUUCCGUCGAGGAGGCUUGUCCCGGCGUCGUUUCUUGCGCCGACACACUCACUCUCGCCGCUCACGAAUCCGUCGUUCUCGCGGGUGGUCCGUCGUGGUCGGUUCCAUUGGGAAGAAGAGACAGUUUAGAGGCGUUUUUCGACCUGGCGAAUAUCCGUCUUCCGGCUCCGACCUUCACCUUCGACCAGCUUAGAGAAAGCUUCUCUAACGUUACUCUUGAUCGGCCGUCCGAUCUCGCUGCGCUUUCCGGUGGUCACACAUUUGGAAGGGCUCAAUGCGGAUUCAUACUCGACAGACUGUACGGCUUCAACGGGACAGGACUGCCCGACCCUACUUUGAACACAACUUAUCUCAACGAGCUUCGUCAGAUAUGUCCGCAAAACGGGGACGCGAGCGCUUUGGCCAAUUUCGAUCCCGAGACCCCGGAUUCGUUCGACAAUCGCUACUACUCGAACCUUAGGAUCGGAAAGGGUCUUAUCCAAACCGAUCAAGAGCUCUUCUCCACCUCGGGGGCCGAUACGAUUCCUCUCGUGGAAUUAUACAGCACGAAUACGACGGCGUUUUUCGAGGCAUUCGCGGAAGCGAUGAUAAGGAUGGGAAAUAUUACACCCUUGACCGGAAACGAGGGAGAGAUUAGACUGAAUUGCAGUGUGGUGAAUUCGCAACUAAGGGGCGUGGAGAACGUCGGUGGGCUUGUUAGCUCCAUUUGAAAGUAUUUGCAUUUGUGUGUAAUAAAGGAAUAAUCUCGUGGCAAAUAAAUAAAUAUGCGAUAAAAUUAUGAGCAACUUGCCUUUUGUAAACCCGUGUCUUUUUCAAUGUGUUGUCAUUAUUUUUGUAACUGUGCUACCUAAAAAAAUCAAGAAAUAUUUCAGAUUCUCGUGACAAUA